UUUUUUCAUUAUUUUUGGCUCUCUUUUUUUCUUUAGUUAAUUCUCUCUCUACCUAUAUUCUCUCUCAAAUUUUUUCCUUUUCUUAACUUGCCUAUAAAUAAACACUUGUGUUUUAUUCACAAAUCAAUCACAGUUACUGCAUUGGGUGGCUUUUGACUCCCCCAACCCAAUCCCUUUCUCUUUCUCUUUCUAUAUAUAUAUAAAUAACCACUCUCCUUUCUAUAUGCUACCUUACAUUACAUUACAAUUCUCCUAACCCCUCUCUCUUUCUCUCUUAACUUUUAAGGUUAAGGUUCAAUUCAACUUCUUUCUCUCUAUCUCUCUUAAUCCAAAUCAAAUGGAACCAGCCUCUAAUCAUCAUCAACAUGAUCAUCAUCAACAUGAUCAUCAACAGCAGCAACAACAACAACUCUCUUUAGCCUCUAAGGAACUCAGCAAUAUCAUCAAAGGGAAAAGAACCAAAAGGGUUAGGCCACAAUCUCCUAUGCCUUUUUCCAUCACUGCUAAUUCUUCAACCGGAGAAGGAGGAGGAACAGGUGAAGGUGAAGGUGAAAGAGAAGAUUGUUACAAUGGUGAUGAUGUCAUCAACACCAACAAUAUCAAUAUCAAUAUCAUCCACAAUAACAACAAUACCUCUCCGACAACAUCUUAUGUUGAAGAGAAACAGGAGAGUGUUAUGGAUGAUGAAGAACAUGAUAUGGCAAACUGCUUGAUUCUAUUGGCACAGGGACAAUCAAAGGAAUCGCCGAAAACUACGGAUGAAUUGGAUGGUGGAAUGAUGAACUACACAAAAUACAGCAGUAGAAAGUUCAUGGAAGCUGCUACUUUGGAUUCUGGAAGAGCAGGUUUCUAUGUUUAUGAAUGCAAAACAUGUAACAGGACUUUCCCUUCAUUUCAAGCACUUGGUGGCCACAGAGCAAGUCACAAAAAGCCAAAAGCAUUGGCAAUUGCUCAAGAGCGAAAACAGUUUUUCGAUGAUGAUCAAGAGUUUCAAUUCAAGCCCAAUCAUAAACCAAUUUCCCUUCAAUUGAAUAACAAUGGUAAGGGAAAUCUAUACGGCGGAAACAAUAACAACAACAAGUCUAAGGUUCACGAGUGUUCCAUUUGUGGUUCUGAAUUCACAUCUGGACAAGCACUUGGUGGGCACAUGAGGCGCCACCGCGCGCCGGUGGGGUCAUCAACUGCUAACACCACACUCUCAUUGACACCAAUGGCUUUAGAGCCUGAUGAAGAUCAUCAACCUAGAAAGAAAAGGAAUGUUUUGUCUUUGGAUUUGGAUCUCAACCUUCCUGCACCUGAAGAUGAUCAGAAAGAAUCAAAAUUUGCCUUUGCUUCCAAGCAACAACACCAACAACAGCAUGGACAAAAACAACAUCAACAGCAACAACAGCAACAGCAGCAGCAACCGCAGCAACAAACAAAUCUUGUCUUCUCUGCACCAGCUCUGGUAGAUUGUCAUUACUGAGACAAGUGAUAAGGUUUCGAUUUUGGAUUCAACAAGAUGAUCGACAGAUACCUAUAUAUGUCGAUCAUCUGACAUAUAAAUCUAGAUAUAUAUUUGUUGUAUGAUCUUAUAUUCUUUUGAUUCUCAUUCAACUUGAACAAGCACCUGAUAAUUUUUAUGAAUUCAGCUGUUUAUUGAAGAAUUAUUUUUAAUUUGUUCAUUGAAAAGAACUCAACACAAACUAAUGUAUAGAUCAUGUUGGGUAUCUUUUUCAUCUUUUUAUUUUCAUUAUUUUUUAUGCUAUUUUUUUCUGUGCCAAAGAAUGUGAUGAUGUAUUAUGAAUACAGGGAGAAAUAGAGGCAUAAGGGGUUAUUGGUACUA